AUGGGAGCCCAUGACAAGCACAAAGUUUGUUUCGAGGUGGCCGACAUUCCCACGAUUGUCAGGGCGAUCGAUAUCUACAACCGAGCCGGGGUGGCCAAGAACGUAGUUGUGGUCGGAGACAAAGCCGGCCAGGUGAUCGAAACCGUCGGUCAGCGGUUUUCGAACGUGGUGUUCGCCUAUCAGAGCGAAGCCCUGGGCACCGGACACGCUGCCCAGCGAGGGUUAGAAGCUCUGGCCGGAGUAGAAGAGCAUGCUCGCAUUCUGUUGGUGGCCGGUGACAAGAUUGUCGACAGUAGCGUACUCUCGCGGCUUCUCGCCAAGUACGACGAGGAACAACUGGGGCUGGCCUUUCUGCUCUCACCCGCCGAGUGGGGCGGGGAAUCUGCCGGUCGCAUCCUGCAAGACUCUAAAGACCGCCCGGCGGCGAUCGCCGAGAUGGCUGACAUCCGCCUGCGACGGUGCCGGCAGGAAGUUGACAAGCUGCUAACAUCGCAUCGUCAGGAAACAAUCGCUUGGGAAGCCCUUCAGCCGGUAGUCUCGCAAUACCUCGGGGAGAAGGCCACGCUGGGCCAUCUAUUGGACGGCAACGACUUCGAAGCCGCCCUGCCCUUCGAUCGUAACGAACUGCUGGCAACAUUGCGGCGCUUCCCGAUGGGCUUCCCGCUGCACGGCUCCACGGAAGAGAUCGACCCCGAAGCGGCUGAGAAUGCCCCACUACGGAAUGAAUCAGUAUACCUCGUGCGGAAAGAUCUGCUCGAGCGUGGGCUGAACCACAUGCCGUCGGACAACGCGCAGGGACAACAGUAUCUAACCGACGCCAUGGGAGCCGUGUUGCAAAUGGGCGACAACGAUUCGCCUGUCCGUGCAGGGCACGUGGAAACGCAGACGCCAUUCGAUGUGAUGUCUUACAACAACCCCGAAGAGCUGCUUGUGAUCGAAGAUCACUUCCAGGGGCGGCAACGCGAAUCGCUCACCACCAUCGGACAACGAUUGGGCCACGAUCGAUUUCGCACGGUUAGCCAGUGGCUCGAGCUUUUCUCCGACGAGAGCGAAGCCCUGGAAGAAACCAACGCCACACUCAGCGAGCUUUACGGCACGAACGACCCUGCUCUCAUUGCAAAUCGGCGGCAGGCUUACCGAGACACACUGCUACGGUUUCAAGAAUGCUUCUCGGCCGACCGGCACGUAAUCCUUGUUCGUUCGCCGGGCAGAAUCAACAUUGUCGGUCGCCACGUCGACUGGCAAGGUGGGCACUGCAACCUGAUGGCGGUUAAUCAAGAGGUGAUCGUGGCGGCCUCCCCCAGAGCCGACGAUCGCCUGGAGAUCCGCAAUGUCGAUCCGGAGCAGUUCCCCGACGCUUCGCUCUCCUUAGGCAGGCUGAUUGCCGAACUCGAUUGGGACGGAUGGCUCAACUGCAUCAACAGCGCAGGGCUCGAACGCUACUUGCGUCAAGCGGCUGGCGGGUGGUGGAUCUACAUCGAAGCGGCCAUGCUGCGAUUGCAGAUGGAAUUCCGCGACCGACUGCUCUCAGGCAUGGAUAUGGCCGUCUGUGGAAGCAUCCCGGUAGCGGCAGGAAUGAGUUCCUCGUCAGCCUUAGUCGUGUCAACCGCCGAGACCGCCGUGGCACUGCACGGACUUGAGGUACAGCCCAGACAGUUCGUCAACUUCUGUGGCGAAGGCGAGUGGUUUGUCGGCACCCGCGGCGGCAGCGCCGAUCAUGCGGCCAUGAAGUUCGGCACUGCCGGCGCGAUUACCCACGUGAAGUUCCACGACUUCGAGGUCCUUAAGCAGGUUCGCUUUCCCGAAUCGUACCGCAUGGUCGUCUGCAACUCAUUCACCCAAGCCCAAAAGGCGGGCAGCGUGAAGAAGGCCUUUAACGCUCGUGUUGCCAGCUACAUGGCCGGGGUCGAACUGGUUCGCGCACGAUUCCCACAGUAUGCGGCGUUGAUCCAGUAUGUUCGCGACAUCCGGCCUGAGACGCUGCGCGUCGGGAUCGAUCGCAUCUACGAAAUCCUACUCGAGCUGCCGAUUGAGAUGACGGCCUCAGAGAUUCGCCAGAGUUUCGCAGGCGACCCUGAAACCUGGCAGCGACUGCAGACGUACUUCGAAUCGGCCGAACCAGACGAUCGCUACCCAAUUCGUGGCGUGAUGUUGUUUGGCAUCAGUGAAUGCGCCAGGGCCCGCGAAGCGGCCACUUGUCUUGAAAACAAUGACAUGAUUGCCCUGGGCGAGUUGAUGCGGAUCUCGCACGACGGCGAACGCUGCUAUCGAGUGAGCGACGACCUUAACGCCGAGCCUUGGGAAGCCGACAUCUCGGACGACUACCUUCGUCACCGCAUUGAAGACGUUCGUAGCGACGAGAGCUGGCGACAACGGCGUGCCGAACUGCACCUGCAGUACGGCGCCUAUCGCUGCAGCACGCAAGAUAUCGACGCGAUUGUCGACAUCGCAUUGCGAACUCCGGGGGUGAAGGGCGCACAGAUCGCUGGGGCUGGCUUGGGCGGAUGCGCGAUGGUCCUCGUCGAGGCCGACGCGGUCGACCAACUGAAGCAACGACUCGAUAGCCUGUUCUACACCCCCAAACAGCUUCCUUCCGGGGUGAUCGAAUGCAUUCCAGCCGCAGGAAGUUGUGUGGUGAGCAUCACGUCUGAGCAGGUCGAGUUCAUGCGACGUGAAAGAUUUACCCUCCCCUGCCUUGCCGCAUUCGUAGUCGCCACGGUGGUGAAUUGCCUGAGCUCGCCGCAUAUCUUUGCUGCGGACGACCGCCCCUUGAACGUAAUCAUCAUCCUGGCCGACGAUUUAGGCUGGGCCGAUUUGGGUUGUUAUGGUGCGGACGUGCAUGAGACGCCGAACCUUGAUCGGUUCGCCAGCGAGGGCGUCAGAUUUACCCAGGCGUAUGCCUCGGCCCCCGUUUGCUCGCCGACGCGGGCGGCGCUCAUGACCGGCAAGUACCCGGCACGGCUGCAUAUGACCGUGUGGUUCGAACAGUCGCAAGACCCGCCACAGAAUCGCAGGCUGAUCCCACCACUCACCGAGGGCAACCUUCCACAUGCUGAGGUCACACUCGCCGAGCGGUUGACCGAGGCCGGUUAUUUCACGGCCCAUCUUGGUAAGUGGCAUCUGGGCGAUGCUGCGCAUUAUCCCGAAACGCAGGGCUUCGACCUCAACAUCGGCGGCAGCUUCUGGGGUGCCCCCUCCACCUUCUUCUAUCCGUAUCGUGGAUUGUGGAGCAACACCGAAGAAAUUCGAUACGUCCCAGGCUUGGAGUGGGGACACGAAGGGGAGUACCUCACCGACCGCCUCACCGAUGAGGCCCUGGCCACAAUCGAUCGCGUGGCCGAUCAACCGUUCUUCCUGCACUUGGCCUAUCACACCGUACACACGCCGAUUGAAGGCAAGCCGGAUGUCGUCGAGCAGUAUCGAAAGAAGAUAGCUCCCGGCGAUCAUCAUCAAAACGCCGGCUAUGCCGCCAUGGUGCAUAGCCUCGACGAGAAUGUGGGCCAACUGCUGAAGAAGCUAGAAGAGUUAAAUCUCGAGGACAAUACGCUCGUAAUUUUCACUUCCGACAACGGUGGCUUCGUGAAUGUUCAUCGGGGUGAACAAGUCACGUCGAACUACCCCCUGCGAUCCGGCAAAGGUUCAUUGUACGAGGGCGGGCUGAGAGUUCCCCUAAUGAUCCGACUUCCCGGCGUAACUUCGCCGGGCGCGGUGUGUGACGAGCCGGUGCUGUCGAUGGACCUUCACCCAACGGUCGCUAGUUUAACUGGCUGUGAGGUUGCGGAUCAUUCUGAAGCAUUCGAUGGGAUCGACGUUUCAAGUGUGUUGAAAGAUCCAGCCUCAUCGCUCGAACGUGAAGCGGUCUUCUUUCACUACCCACACUACUAUCCCACUACAACUCCAGUGUCUGCGGUCCGCCGUGGGCCCUGGAAGUUGCUGCAGUACCAGGAAGACGGACGUACAGAACUGUAUCAACUCGAAGACGACCCGGGCGAACAAAGCGAUGUGACCAGCGCACACCCAGAGGUCGCAAGUCAACUCCAGACGCAGUUGACUGCUUGGCUCGAUGAAGUCGAGGCCCAGAUGCCACGACCCAACCCAAACUUCAAGCAGUAA